CUGAAGACUCUGGAGCUCCUCCAGUUAGAAUACAAAAGCUGGGGCAGUCCCACUGCUGAGACAGAAAGCAACACAGAAGAGGACAGACACUUUAACAGUGUUUCAUCUCAGAUUACGAGGACUCAACACUAAACACACAGUGAAGAUGCUGUGCUCUCACGGACUCCACUCUGCCCUCAGUCCAGUCAUGGACUUGUACUGGCCUGUACGCAGUCUGUGGCCAGAGGUCAAGCCUCUGCUCUACCAGCAGGAGCUACUGCAGAGAAACCUACAGGAGCUCCGCAGCAGUCUGGAGCUGAUGGACAAACUUCAACACAACAUCCUGGAGGAGACGGAGCCUUUCCAAAGCAGUGUGGCCCUGAGACCGCUCUCCUACCAGCUGGAGAAAGAGGGAGAGCGCUUUGGCCUGACCCUGGACACUCAAGGCUUUUCCCCAGAGGAGCUGUCUGUCAGGCAGGUGGGCAGGAAGCUGAGAGUCAGCGGGAAGACAGAGAAGAAGCAGGAGGACCGGAAAGGCUCCUACUCUUACAGACGCCAGGAGUUCAGACAGGAGUUUGAUCUGCCUGAAGGGCUGAACCCCGAAGCCGUCACCUGCUGCCUGGCUCCAGACGGGAAGCUCCACAUCCAGGCGGCCAGAGCUUCAUGUGUUGAGGAGGCUGAGAGAGAGCUGACCAUCAAGAGGAGCUCGGAGGAGAAACCACAGCAGAGUGUGUGUUCACACUGA